AUGAGCAUUGUUGCAUUGUCUGUCGCGACAGAGAAAGCCCGAGUGUAUAUACCCAAAGACUACGACUUGUAUAGCGGAUUUCCGCUUCUCCCCAAAAUCCAUACUCGAAGCCCUGCUUUUACGGACGAGAACGGGAUCAGCACGCCGGUCGUUGCAAUUGAAGAUCGAACAGCAGAUACCAUCAUAUUCAACAUACUCGUUGCAGGCAUCGAGAACGUCUCCGCAAUGUUCGGCCUAACACAGAAGCCAUUCGGCCUGACACACAAGUCCUAUGGAAUUAUACAAAACCGCCGGCUGAUCGCAGAAGGCAGUAAUGGCAGCUGCUACCUCGCCAUCAGGCAUGACCAUCUUUCGAAGAUACGCGAUAUGUUUGCAGAUGAUCAGACCGAGGAAAGGGCUGCUGCUAUCUGCCCAGUCCUUGUCGCCGCCAAGUUUGUCAAAGAGUCUGGUUCCAAAGACAAGAAUGACCUACGGAACGAGAUCGAGGUCUUGAGACUGCCGCACUUAUCUCAGCGAUGGGAGAUUACCUGCUUGGUCGACCACCACGUCGAAGGGAACUGUCAGUGGCUCGCCACUCCAUACGCUGGAGGCGGCACUUUGCGGAAGCUUGUCAAGGUGUGCUUCCGCGACCUGGAUCUCGGGACACAGUAUCACAUCGGACGCUGCAUCGCCAAUGCUUUUGCUGUCUUCCAUUUUGGCGUCGACCCUGAGACCAUGGAGUCCUACUCGCGUGAGACGAUGAUGACAAGACACAUGGACUUCCAUUGCGAGAACCUGCUCAUCCGCCCUGACGACUCGGAAUUCGGGUUUACCGUGGUACUGGCAGACUUCGGAAGAUCGAACGUAUUCGAUCCCGACUCCGGCCUCAACGCAGAAGACUUUCGCUACACCCGGGGCUAUGAUUACCAGGGUUUCGGAUUCUUGCUUGAGGCCAUCUUCGUAAUCAACAAAAUCGGCAAGGCCUGCAAGAAGUACAAGCACUGCGGCCGCAAGAAUUGCACCAACGUCCGCUGUCCGGACGUAGAUCCUGAUUGCGAAGAAUGUGUUCGUGUCUGCAAGACCUACGGAAUGCUGCCUAAGCUGACGGCCGAUGAGGACGAGUAUCUUGAGCGGGCGAGGAAGUUCAAGCAAGGUGCCCCGAGCGAUGACUACGAGCUGGUAGCGUUGCUGAAGGAGUUCACGGGCGUCGCCAAAGUCAAGCAGUAUCAGAACGGGACAGCAACGGACAAGAUCAAGGAGUACUUGGCCGGGCAGGCGAUGUCUGACAAGGACGUGCUGAGGGGCUGUGAACUGCCGACCGGAGUGGCAAAAUCAUCAGACGAGCAGCCGCAGUGCGACCAGAAAAGAUCUGCGGACGAAAUGGAUGCCGAAUCAUAA